AUGUCUUCCGAUGAUUUAGGCUCUAUGGGAAUAGGAGAUGUGGGAUAUUGGUUUUCUGAUUCCUGGCAUAUAUCAAAGUUAGAUACAUCAUCAGAAUUUGAAGUAUUUUCAGAUAUAUUAGAUUUAGAAUCAAUGCAAUGGUCUAUAACGGGGUCGGGUAUAUUAACAAUAUUCUCAGAAUUAUCCCCAUUCUCUAAUCUAUCUACGGGAUUUUCAGGAAUCUCGGCAUUCUCCUUUCUAAGUUCAGCAAUAUCAGAUACAAGUUUGGCAUUCAAUUCUCUCAACGAAUCAAUUGUGGAUUGGGCGUCUUCCAUUGUUUUAUACGAGAUAUGGAUAUGUUCAAAAGAUUAA